GCAUGUUAAACGGUGGUUGCCUAGUCUAUGAAUGGUACACCCCCCUAAGCUCACAGAAAUGGUUUGACCCAAGUCCUCAGCAGCCAAUGACACUGACCCUUCAAACUGAUUUUUUACGGGUACUUCACAUGUAUUUAACACGUAUUUCACGCGUAUUUAACAUGUUGAAUACACGUAUUUAACGCGCUGAUUUUUCACGCGUAAACGACACGUAUUUAACGCGUUAAAUACGUGUUGUUUACGCGUGAAAUACGCGUGUUUAACGCAUUGUUGACGCAUUGAAAUUCACGUAUUUUUGGUCCUUAUGGCCUUCCAUAUAUUUGAAGUCUACUACAUGAAUCACGUGACGAUCAAGCGUUUUGGACUUCCGUUGACGCACUCUCUCUUUCUAUGGCUGUGUCUACACAUACGUGCGGCUGGCCAGCCAAGGGGCGGGACAAGUUUCGCCUUCAAACAUUGACUUUCGGUUUUACAUUUAGGCGUCGGUCAUAAAAUGGCUCACAGUUCAGAUUACAAUAUGGAUCUGUCUAUAAAGACUGAACAGUGUGACUCUGAUUCAUCAGACAGCAGCAUGGACAACAUGUUUCCCAGUAUGGCCAUUGUGUUAUUUGGAUACUCUUCAUCAGUUCAGUAUGGAAAUGAAAACUCUCUACUUGGAGAAAAACAGCUGAAUAUAGAAAAUGCACAAAUAUCUAGAAUUGUUCCUUUACAAAAGAAGAUAUCAGAACGUCACAUCUCUGUGAUCAACAUGAUUGAUUUACAUGAGACUGAACAUGUGGAUAAUCUCAUUGGUCAACUAGUGAAUGAAAAUGAAAUCCACUCAUUCAUCUUUGUUGUGCGACUGGGUCACUUAACCAAUGAUGAUAAGAUGGGUCUCGAUUGGCUUCAGAGAGUGUUUGGUGACAGAGUUCUUCAGUUUGUGAUGAUUCUCCUCACCUAUGAGACAGAAGAUAAGUCUGACAUUGAUGAUCUGGAGAAAAACCCUGUUCUGGAGCAGCUGCUGGAGAAAUGUGGAGAAAGAUAUCAGAUCUGCAACGAGAAGAUGAACAACCAAUCAGAGAUGAGAGAACUGAUGAAGAAGAUUGAGCGUAUGUUUAAUGAGAAUCAACAGCAGAGCUACACUGAAGAGAUGUUCAAAACUGUAUCAAUAAGGAGAAUAGAGCUGGAAAACCGUGAACAACAAAGUGGUUACACAUCAGAAAUGGAACCAAAUGCACACUUAAACUUGAUUUUACUGGGGAAAAAACGGGCUGGGAAGAGUGCAUCAGGAAACACAAUACUGGGACAAAAAGCUUUCAUAAAGAAAAGCUCCAAAUCAGUCACUCGAGAAGUAGCUUUUAAAUCUGGGACUGUUAAUGGGUUUCCAGUCACUGUUUAUGACACACCUGGAUUCCAUGACCCAAAGAUAAGUGAAGAAGAGAUUCAGCAGAUACUGGAAAAGGUUCUUCAGAAAUGUGAAUCUGGUCUCUGUGUGUUUCUGCUGGUCAUCAAAGCUGAUAAUUUUACUGAAGAAGAGAGAAAAACUGUGGAGAAGAUUGAGAAGCUUCUGGAACAAAAACACCUGAAUAAAAUUUGGAUUCUCUUCACCAGAGGAGAUGAAUUACAAGAUGAUAACAAGACCAUAAAUGAAUUCAUCAAUGAGACUGAAGCACUGAAUAAUCUGAUUCAGAAAUAUGAUCAGAGAUACCAUGUGUUCAACAACAAGAAGAAAGGUGACCAGGCUAGAUUACUGCUGGUAAACAUUCUCCAAAGGUCUUUAGGUGUAAAGGAUGGAGGAAGACUCAGACGGAUCCUUGUCCAGCCAAACACUCGUAAUGAACCAGAUGCUCCUGUCUCCAGUCUCUCAUCCAGAAGGAUUGUUCUUCUUGGUAAAAGUGGUGUUGGGAAAAGUGCAGCUGGAAACACAAUACUGCGACAGAAAGUGUUUGAAUCUGUGAUGAAAAUGAUUUCAGUAACCUGUGAAUGUUCAGAGGUUCAUGCCAUUGUUUCAGGCAGAUCUCUGUCUGUAGUUGAUACUCCUGGAUUCUUUGACACAAAUAUGAACUCUGAAGAGUUAAUGAUAGAGAUAGCAAGAAGUGUUUAUUUAUCCAGUCCUGGACCUCAUGCUUUUCUCAUUGUGUUUCCUGUGAAUAUGAGAUUCACUGAUCAGGAACAGCAGAUCGCUGACCUUAUUGAAAUAUUAUUUGGUCAGGAGGUGUUAAAAUACUCGAUAGUUCUCUUCACUCAUGGAGAUCAGCUGAAAGGACAAAAUAUAGAGAAACUCAUUGAGGAGAACUGUCAAUUAAGACAUCUAGUUGAUGAGUGUGGAGGCAGAUAUCAUGUCUUCAACAAUAAAAACAAGAACAACAGAGAGCAGGUGAAUGAUUUGUUGCAGAAGAUUGACACAAUGAUAAAGCAGAAUGGAGGAGGACAUUACAGUAAUCAGAUGUUUGAAGAUGCUCUGAGAUUCAGACAAGAGGAAGAAAAGAGGAGACUGAGAGAGGAAGAACAGAGAAAACAAAAGGAGAAACAAAGACGAGAGGAGACUGAUAGAGUAACAAAUGAGAUGAAAGAGUUAGAAGCUCAUAAGGAGCCUGAAUUUGAAAAAUUUUUAACCAAGUAUCAGCCUAAUUUGCGUAUGUCAGUUUUUGCACUUGGUCGACAUAUGAUUUCUGGUCAAUUAAUCGGUAUGUGUAUUGGUGCAGCUGUUGGUGCAGCUAUUGGACUUGUUGGUGGCCCUGCUGGUGCAGCUGUUGGUGCAAUUGCAGGUGCAAAUGCAGGUGUAAUUGUUGGUACACUUGUUGGUGCAGCUGUUGGUAAAGUUAUACAUAAUGUGUGACAAAUCCUCAUGGCCCACAGGUUUAGCGGACCAAAACCCAGUUGUGGCAAAGCUUCAGGAAAAUACCUUUGCAUAUAAACUUUCACAUGGUCUACAGUUCCCCCAGUUUGUUUGUUUUUCUUUCAUUCUUCUUUUUUU